AUGGCCGAGGCUGAUACCAUCCACGGCGUCAAAGAGACGCGGAUAUCACAAAUAGUCCAUGGGGAAUUUGCCUACCCUGCAGCAGAAAGACGGCUGGAGCUGUGGGAUCAGUGCAGUCUGGAACUUCCGAUGCUUGUCAAAGAACCUUCCGAUUGGAAAGUGGGAUACCGCUCUAAGCCAGAGCGAAUGAUACUCGAAGUUGUGGAGGGAUUCCUGCCUAGGAAACCGUUGCGAGUCUUUUUUACUGGAAAGGAUAUCUCUGCGAAUCGACGGAAUCUCAGUGUAUACGAGCGAUGA